AUGAGCUCCAGCUUGAACAACUCUUUGGUCAGAAUGUAUGAUCCAAAGCCUAUUCAUGGUCAGAAAUCUGAUGGAAGAAAGUCUUCCCUUAAUGGAUUAGACAAGUCUCAAGCUACUUCCUCUUCCUCUUCCUCUUCUCAUUAUGCUUCCUUACGCUGCAGUGAGAAUCGCAUGGACUUCUUGACCUCUCAGAUGGAGUGUUUGCUAAACAUGCAGCACACCGUCCUGACCCAACUCGACAGUUUGUCCCAGGGUGUGAGAAUGAUGGAUCGAGGUCGGCCAUUUACGAACGAGGAGGGUUUUGCAGUGGCAUGUGGGGAGCUGUUGGGGCUGGUGGUGAUGGUGUGUGAGUGGAUGAAGAGUCAGGGCCGUAGCUUGCAAGCAGUGGAAAAAUUGGUUGAGGGCACCCAGCAGGUUAUCAGCUUUAUUACUGAGCUGGUGAAGACCUCAAGGCUGAUGAAGCUGCUCUUUAAAAAGCCGGGGAGCCAAUACAAACACAAGGGAAACGGUGACAAGGAUAAAGGCAAAUUGAACCUGAAGAGCCUCAAACCUCAGAAGAAGAGGUCUCUAGAAACUCCAGACUCACUGACUGGAUUGGUGCUGCCAGAGCAGGUAGAAAAACUCAUCAAGAAGAAUAUUCAUUGUUCUCAUGGAAACAAGGCAGACGACUGGUCAAAUGGAACCCAUCUUGAGUCAUCCACACUGAUUCUGAAUGGAUCAGCUCAGGAGAGCGAGGAUGUCUUGGAAGACUCGGGUCCUGAGGAAGAGGUGAAAUUAGAGAAAAAUUCAUCAGAUUUAAAUUCAGAGAAUGAUGAUGAGGAAGAGGAAGGCAACCAGAAGAAUAAAUCAGAAGCAGAAAUAUCAUUGAAAACCCUGAGUAAUUUUGCAGACAUUUCUUCUAAGACUGGCAAGACUUCUGUCAUUAAACAAGAGAGUUCUGAUGAGGUUGGUGAUGUGGCCGCCUGCAGCAAACGUCGUGUCACUGAAGAAGACCGAGUGAAGGACGAUCUCAAAAAGAGUCGAGUGGAAGGCAAUAAAGACAAAAAGACUGAUGAAAAUGUGUUGGAGACAGACAACCCAAAACAAACCAACUCUGAUGUAGUUAACACAGGGAAACAUGAGGGAAAUAGAGACCAGGCUGAUGUGAAGGAAUUCUUUAUUGACUCCAGUCCUCCACCACCAGCACCUUUUGACCAUCGCAUAGUGACUCCCAAACAUCAUCAAAUAGCAGCCUACUACUCCAUCAACAGAGAUGAAGUCUUAGGAGGGGGGCGUUUUGGUCAGGUUCACAAGUGCAUUGAAAACUCAUCGGGCCUAACAUUGGCUGCUAAGAUCAUCAAGGCCAAAAGUCAGAAGGAAAAGGAUGUGGUGAGGAAUGAAAUCCAGGUAAUGAACCAGCUCAACCACUGCAACCUCAUCCAGCUGUAUGCAGCCUUUGAGUCCCGUCAUGACAUCAUCCUUGUCAUGGAGUAUGUUGAAGGGGGUGAGCUGUUUGACCGCAUCAUUGACGAGAACUGCAACCUGACUGAGUUUGACACAGUCCUGUUUAUACACCAAAUUUGUGAGGGACUGCAGUAUAUGCACAGAAUGUACAUACUACAUCUUGACCUCAAGCCAGAAAACAUUCUUUGUGUCAGCAGAGAAACAAACAAGAUAAAGAUUAUUGAUUUUGGUUUAGCGCGGAGGUACAAACCUCGAGAAAAGCUGAAGGUCAACUUCGGAACGCCUGAAUUUCUGGCCCCUGAAGUUAUCAACUAUGAGUUUGUUUCAUUCCCUACAGAUAUGUGGAGUCUUGGGGUCAUCACUUAUAUGCUACUGAGUGGAUUAUCUCCUUUCCUUGGGGAUGAUGAUAAUGAAACUCUAAAUAACAUUCUGACCUGUCAGUGGAACUUUGAAGAAGAGGAGUUUAUAGAUGUUUCUGAAGAGGCCAAAGACUUCAUCACACGUUUGCUGGUAAAAAGCAAAAACUGGAGAAUGAGUGCAACAGAGUCUCUCAGACACCCCUGGCUGUCUGAACAAAGUCUGCACUACAAGUUACAUGUCAAGAAAAACAAAUGUCACGCCACACGACCAACCUCUCCGGAGUGCUAGAGAGAAACCCUGGAAGACCACCAGCAUGCCUUUUGUAGGGCUCUCAUGCCCAACACUGGACCAAUGCUGCUGUGCUCGUAUGGCUUCAGAAUAUAUACUCUCUACUUAGUAUCACCACAUUAGCUUGGAGCAGCUGCUUUUACAGUACCACUGAUCACUAGUAGAGUUUAAUGAGGCCAGAACAAGAAGCAGGAGAGUUUUAUCAUUAUAGUUGUAAUACAAAUUGUUGACUUCCCUGGAGAAUAUAAUAGCUCAGACUUAAUUUUUAACAUCACUGGUGUGUGGUGACACGCCUCUGCAGAUCCUGUAUUGUGAUGUGGAAUUCAUGAUUUAAGUAAUAAAACUGAUGAAGACAUAUGAUGAACGGGUCAAUGUAUUAGAUAUUUUCAAAUGAGAACUACAGAAUCUGCCACAUUAAAACAGAAAAAUGUUUUACUGCUUUCUUGCAUGCGUGGCACUGUUUGGUUUAUUUUUCCAACGUUCAGCAAACAAUUUAUUGAAUGCUGUUACUGAAAUCGAAUCCUAUGGUUAGUAGACUUCAUGUUACUUUUUAUUUUUAUGAACAAGUCUUGUGAAAAUGUGUCUCUUUUUGAGAAACAAAAAAAUGUGUAAUUUUGUAUAUGACAUUUCUAUUGCACAAAAAUCUAAAUAUGUCAAUUAUUAGUUAGCUCCUGAAACAUCAUCCUGAGCACAUGUUUUUGCAUUGUUUUUUCUUUCUUCCUGUUAGCGUUAAAUGCUGAUGGCUGCUCCUUGCUUUUGCAGCCUGGAGUAGGUAGCCUUCUCACCUUCCAUGAAGGCAUAGCAAAUAUAAUUUACGCCAGGGGUGUUAAACUCAUUUUAAUCCCAUUGUACUUGAAGUGCAGGAUUUCUGUCAUUUCUGCACAUUUAAUGAAAGUUCAGUAAAAUUGUUAGCCAACAAUAGAGCAGCAAUUGGAGUCUAUUAAUUUGUGCAGUGCUGUCACAGUCUUGUUAAGAUUAUUUGUAGGAAGUCAUUGAACGACUCACAUUCUUGUUAUUAUUAGAAAUAGUGGCUCAUAUAAGGAUGUUUCUUAUUGAGGUGUACAUCACAACUCUUUUUGUCAUAUGCUCCCUCUUACUUUUUUUGUGUAUGGUUAGUUUGUUCAGAUUCUUGACUAUUGCAUCUUUAUGUGAGGGAAUGUUUGUCACAAUUAUUAGGAGUUCCAUUCUGAACUGAAAAGCUUUGUAGUUUUGAAUAAUAGUGGAUUAUUUCAUGAUAUGAAACAUAUUUUGUGUAAGGAUACAGUAUUACUAAAUGUAAAAAAUAUCUAUAUAUAAAUAAAAAACAGAAAAAGUACACUGAAGUGUAGUUUUGUUGACUGAUACAAAAAUAUAGAUUCAAACAAAAUCUGCAGGAAAGAUAGCAAUGCGCACUGGCUAUUCAUUCUUGAUGAUGAAUAAGAAGAUAGAACAAUUUAGUUUUUUUUAUGUAGCACCAAAGCACAACAGAAGUUGUGAAAAGUCUUCAAUAUUAAAAAAGUUAAAAAAACAAAGCAUACA